AUGAACUACUUCCUGUUUGCCUGCCAUCCAGUGUCUGUCAUCGCCCUUGUCUCAAAGUCAUCCUUCGGAUUCCUUCCAUUUGGCGUUUUGCUCGCUUAUCUCUUCACAGCGCCCAGCCUCACCUCGCUAGACCGUCCGUCCCGUUGUACCUCUCGAUCUAUAGCGCCUGCCCCCGCUGGCGCUGCUUGCCCGUGGCCCGUCGGUGGAUGUCGCUUAUGGAAGCCGCUGGCGGCUUCGUUGACGAGCUUCUCGCUGGUCUGCCCCCCUUUCGGAGACUAUUCUCGCCUUUGGAGGGCUAUCAUCAACGUGGAGAUAGGCCCGCGGGCACACGUGCUCGGGUCUUCGCACCCAAGCGCCGAAUCUCUCGUCCCACGCUUACUCUCCCUGACCCUUGCCAUCGCUGGCGCUGCCCUCCGUUGCCCGUCGGUUCACGUCGCUGCGCUCGCCUCGUCCUCGCUGUUUCCGCCGACUGAUGCUUUGCGGUGUCGUCAACGUGGACAUCGACGCUUGUUGGAGGCGCCCUUGUCGAGUAGUUCAUCACCCUCGCUGCCGCUCCCCGUCGGUGGAUGGCGCUCAUCGAAGCUUCUGCCCGCUUCGUCGACGAGCUUCUCGCUGCCAAUGGUUUGGAGUCUCUUCCCGAGUGCUGGUCAAAGGUCUUGGAAUGCUGUCGUCGACGUCGAGUCGUGGACCUUGGAGAUCUCUGCUUGUAGUCCAUGUUUCGCCGACGCUUCCCGUGUUUCCACCCAACGUGCUGGCCAAAGGCCUUCGAGUGCUGUCGUCAACGUCGAUCCUGUAAUGCGUCGUAGACGACCUUCUCGCCGUUUCCGCCCAAAGUCCUGGCGAAAGAGUGCCAUUGUCGCCGGCGUUGACGCUAUCAGCGAAGCCCGCUUCUCUCCCCGUUGCUUGCAUGCCCCGUUUGCCGUUGCAUUCCCGCUCACGGUGGGCCCUCUUUGCCGUUUUCCGCCCUUGAAACUCGGCCACUGCGCAGACUUCUUUUGUGCCGGUGCUGCUGUGCUUGCCGGCGCGUUCUUACGGCUUGCUGUCCGGAUCCACGGCAGCCCCAAGCGCGAGUUUGCCGUGAACGGCCUCGCAGGUACAGCCAUCAUCGGAGAUGUCACGGCCACUGACGGCCUUUGCGGCUGGACCUGCGCAGUGGGUGCGGGAGGCGGCUUAGGCGGCUUCGGGCCUCCUCGGGGUCUUCUCUUACCGGUGUACGCAGAGAGUGUUGAAUGCAAUCGUGGUUCUGGGGCUCGUCGCGCGGCGCCUGCAUCGUCUCGGGUCCUUCGCAUCCUCUCGACGCCGCGCUUCCCGCCGGAGCUGGAGCAACAGAUCUUCGAAGCUGUCGCCUUGUUGUACCCGGAGAACAUUCGUCGCGUCGGUGCCAACGAUGCGCGCACGAUUGCACACUCAGUCAUCAGCUUCCUGCUCUCGUUCUCCCUCAGUCUCCCUCCCGCUGCUGAACCGCCGCUCGACCUCUCCUCGGCGAUUCAGGCGGUCAACAUCCACAUCCUCGCGGGUACUCCGCCGAAUCCGCUCAACGGGAACUUCGACGACGAGAAAUGCUCCCCUGCGCAGGUGACGGCUAUCCGCAAUGGCAUCGUCGACGCGCGCAACAUGGCGACUGGUGCGAUAGCGCUGCUGAAGCCGAAGGACAUGAACAAGAGUAACGGGUUCUUCUGGAUCUUCGGCGGCUCCACGGUCGACCCCGCAAUCAUCACCAAGCACUUCUCCUUCGUGCUCAGGCUCGGCACGGCGGACGAAAUCACGUCGACAAAGAAAUAUGAAAACAGCAAGACGGAUCUUAUCUUCACGUGCAUUCCACCGACGGCCCCGAAGGCAACCUCUGCAUAUGCGAACACCCAGAACAUCGGCCGGCAGAAGUCAGUUCUCAACCUCAUCCGGCUGUCGCCGACAGGGCUUGCGAACACGGAAUCGUACACAGUCGCUGCCGCGCGCGUGAAGGCGUCUGGCCAGAUCCAAGACGGCUUCCCCGUGAAGCAAGUCGGCACGCUGUCGGUCCCCGCGCCGCCACUCGCUUUCACGAUCGUUCAUGAGGUGCAACACGCUGAUCCGCUGAUGGACAACCCUGCAACAGACCACCUUGUCGAUGAGAAGGGCGGCACCGGGCGCGCGCACGGCUUCCAGCAAAUUAUGCACGAGUUGUCCAAGGACCAGAAGGCGCGCAAUCCGCAGAACUAUGCGUUCUUUGGCUUACUGGCCGCGUCUAACCCGGAGUUGUUCGUGCCCAACUGCUACAUCGGCGACGCGCCCCUCAGCCUCGCGCCACUCUUAAUCGCCGGUCGUCUCCGGAUGCAGACGCCGCUCGGGCCGGACACAUGCCACACCACGGUCCCCGGGGCGUGCGCCGCCUGCAAGAAAAUUAUCAAGGGCAUUCCCGGUGAUGUCAAGCUGCCCAACUUCGACCCCGAUUCCACGUAG